AUGUUGAUAUCAUUGUAUAUCACGAAUAUUAGAAAUGAAUUGAUCUUCCAGUACUUGCCAAUGGGUAGUUCCCCCACCUAUGCUAGCAUCUGGAAAAAGAUGCAAUUGAGUUGUCCUGAAUUACUACUUGCUAAUGAGAUGAAAUCACGCAGUUUGGGCGGUGGAUCCGCCAUCAUGGUAUGUAAGUAUCGUUCUGUGGUGAACAAUAUGAAUUAUUAUUGUUUGACCAGUGAUGAUAGUGUUGAGGUGGAUUGUUUCUUGGAAUAUUUGGACGAGUUGAUUCUGGAGUAUUUUGAUAAGGAUGAAGUGAGUGUAAAGAAAUUGGUUAAUAAUUUCGAUCGAUUGAGUUUGCUCUUGCAUUCUGUUGUUAAUGGUGGGGAGAUUAAUGUUGGGUUUCUUUACAAUAAUCGAAUUCAGAAUGUGGUUCCUCCCGUGCAUGAUUUGAGGAAGAUCUUGAAUGAGACCGCACAUACUAUUAUGAAUCAAAGUAGUGGUGCUAUGAGAUCUGCGGGUUCCGGUGUUGCAUUUAAUGCGUCGUCUUCAUCGAGGGGAGAAGAUAUGGUUGUUCCCUGGAGACGUAAUGGUAUCAAGGAUGCUAAGGAAGAACUCUACGUUGAUUUGAAAGAGGAAGUAUACGUUACGUAUAGGAAAAGUGAUAGACACCAUGGUCGUGAUGGCAUUCGUACUUCCAAUCCCUCCAUGGAGUUAGUUUCUGGACAUAUCAAGGGUACCAUUGAUGUACGAUGUUAUCUUAAUGGUAAUCCGACCGUCAGUUUGAUGUUUGAUACGAUGGGUAACGAUCUUGGAAUCCCAUCUUUUCAUGCCUGCGUGGAACAAGAGGACCAGGUGCAAGAACAAAAACAAGAACAAGAACCCGAAAGUUUCCAAGGUAAACGAUUAUUAAGAUUCUUGCCUCCAGAUGGUAAGUUCCGUCUUGCACAAUACGUGAUUGAUCUGGAUGGACAAGGAGGUAUGUCGAGACGGAUGGACCGAGAUGGGCUCAUACAGGUGAGUUUUGAAGACGGAUUGGGUCUUAAUAAGGACGAAUUUGAAGUUCGAUUGCAUGUCAGGGAAUCCAUUGCCGUGGUGGACCCAGUGGAGGAUCUAGUGGUCACAUUACAAUUCAGUAAUGGCAAUGACAGUAAUGUGAAGAUGUUAAGAGCGACUCAUGGCACGUUCGUCGGACAGGAUGAAGACCGUCAGUGCAGUUGGCGUUUUGACUCGGACGAAAUCUCUGCUGGGACGUUACCCGUCUUGCGCGGCUGUAUUGACGACUCGAAGCACGUGCAGCAGAAGAAACGGUCGUGUCUGACGUCCGUGGCGGUGCGGUACGGUUACCCUGGCGAGCUGGCGAGUGGCUGCCGGGUAACUCGUCUGGACGUUGACGUUGCCAGCCCUAGGGUUCGCGGUAAGGUCUUCAAGGGCGUGAGGUGUGUUACCCGGGUCCCAGCCCUAACAGUGCGGGCUUAA